AUGGAUGAUGACUCUAAGGAGUAUAGAAGAUAUAAACCUCAACAAAGGUUGUAUAAACCUGGUAGUGGUCCUCUAAGACGAUCGAGUUAUGGUUUGGAUUCUAAAAUGGAUUCAAAUGAAUUAGACAGCUCUUCAAAGGGUCGACAUCAAAAUUAUUAUGGCUCUCAGAAUUCGGUUGCUGAUGAUGUAAAUGAUUCAUACAGAGGACCAAAUAUGCGCCAUAAAAAGCCAGAACAACAGCUAUAUGUGCCUAGAUCGGGAGAUACGUGUUCUGAUUAUGAUAGACAAUCUAAAGUACCAAUGAGGUGUGAUAAUUCUAGUCAGUACAUCAAUAGAAGAAUGCCUGAUAAUCCAGACAGAUUGACUUACAAUAGUGGUACAGGGUCUUAUUCUAGAGGUGCCUCUAGGAAAGAUAGGUCUUUUUCAGAUUAUCAUCAUAAAGACAGUGCAAGCAAUGAUAUUAAUUUUAAUAGGCAAUACAGACAAACAUCUGAAACAAGGUCCAUUUCACCUGCUCAUAUACAUGAUAAAAAGUCUGUUGAUCGUAAUAGAGACAGUAGAAGUAUGGAAACAGGAGGAAGACAUAAUAUGUCAUCCACAGGUGGGAAGCCACCAUCUGGUCGCCGUAAUUCUUCAGGAUAUACAUCUGACUCCUCAAGACCAAAGCAUAUGAUAAAUAUAGACAACAUACCACCGCGAUUUAGAAAGAAAUUUCUAGAACAAUCUGCUCAUCAUAGUUUUGAUAGUGUUGAUCAACUACGCAGAGAAAAAUAUUCAUCCAAUAACUCAGUACAGCCAACCCAAAACCAGGAUUCUUAUUAUAAUUCUGCUCAAUCCUGGUCCCAAACAUUGCCAUCAAGAGGUAGAGGUCGUUUAAGAGAUAGUGAGGGGUUUGAUAGAGAAAAGUUUAUUAGUACAUAUUUGAAGAAUUAUGAAAUGGAAAAUUCCAGAAAGUCUACUCCUAGUGGCUCUUAUUUGAAUUUAUAUGAUACAAAUUCCACUGAUAAACAUACAAGUGAGAGCAUUAAUACUGGUCCAAGUAGUACUGAAAGUCAGGAAUUUUAUGAUGUGUCUCAAAAUGGUAUGAGCAGCGUAAUGAAUACAGAAUCUAGCAGCCAGUUGGAGCAAUGUAAACAAGAAACAGAUAAUGAACAUGACAGUGAAACAACAUCUCAAAUAUCAACAACUCUAUUGGAUAUUUCUAAUUUGGAUUGGACCGAGGAAGUUGAAAAAAAUAGUAAAUUAGAUGACAUUGGCGAUUCUUCUACUAGUUUCUCCCAUCCUUUGAAACCUGUUGUUCAAGAGGAGAUAAAAUCUGCUGACUCUCGUGAAUCAAAAAGAAGUGGGAGAUCUCGACGUAAGGAUCGGAGAAGUUCCAGUAGAGGAGUAAAAAACGCAGAAAAGAAAUCCGAUCGCAAUAGAAAGGAUAGUACAGCAAGUAUUCACUACGAACCAGAUAGAACUAGGAAAGAUAGCAAUGUUAGCAUACAACAUGAAAUGUAUUCCUCUGGCUUAAAACACAGAGAGCGUGAAAGACGGGACAGUCAUAGGAGCAACCGUUCGUCUACAAUAGGCAAUAGUCGAGACGAUUUAGAUAGAUGGAGAUCUUUACGAUCUUACAGUCGAGAGCAGAGUUCUGAAGGAAGAAUCGUCUCACAAUGUAACAGCCGAGACGCGUCAGGAAAUCGUGCGACUAGUCCUAGAGACAAUGAUGGUUUUAGAAUACCAUCAGCUGCAUCUAAAUCUGCAGCUUGGAUAACAACAAAUCAGAAGAAAAACAAUGGAUCGUGGGCAAACGGUCGUUCCUCAAGUAUAGAGCGGGGCCGUCAGUCUCCCUCAGCCAGUCAGGUUGGAGUUGGUGCCAACACUAGUAGUGCGACAGCAAUUGGAGAGGGGGGCGGUCGCCGCUCUCGGAAACGUUCGGGUCGUCGACGCGGCUCUCGCCAUUCCGAAGCUCAUCACGCACCUGCGUCUGCACCUGCAACCACUACAAAUGUAUCAGCUUCUACACUUAACUGGCGAGAGGAGAUAUUGGAGUCCAAAAAGAAUAGUCAUGAUAAGCAUUCAGAGAGUAACAUGCGCAACAAACCUACUCAAGAUCAUUCUACGUCGCAUCCGGGUCUCAUCAUGCUGCCACAGAGUUCAAUAUCUCACAUGCAAAAAGAUUCAGCGCGAGGAGUCACAAAUGAAAAUCAGAAAACUCUCUAUGACCAUCAAAAUCCAUCCAAACCUAUAAUUGUUCAGACUAGUCUAACGAAAACAGAUAUCAGGAUGGAAAAAGGUGCUAAAGAAGGAUCGGGCCGCGGCGGUAGCGCCGGCGUUGGCGGCGGUUACGAGGCGACCGACGCGGCGCGUGCGGCGCGACACCGCGCUCUGCUCCAGGAGGUCGACCGCGCGGACGCCAUCUUGCAGGCACACGUGCUUCGUGGCCCGCUUGGACUUGCGCAGCAUUGGCCGGACGUCGCCGAGACUAGGACAUUUUUACAAAACGCGCUUCAUAAACUUCUAAUGUUGGAUCUCAAGUACUGUCAGGCGGACAACAUUGAGCAUCAUUUCUGGAAAAUAUUGUAUUAUAACUUUAUAGAGCUUUUAAGAAAGAGUUUCACUCAAAUAUCACCGGAAGAUAAACCUAAAAUAGUAGCAUUGAUUAAUAUCAUUAUAGAGGAGGGUAAUUCGUUUUUUGAGAAUCUGGUUCAGAUGUUGGAGAAAACGUAUAAGUUUAAUGUAGAUGAUUAUAUAAAUGAUAAUCAUGUGUUGCCACCUAAAGGCCUGGGCUAUGUGGGCUUAGCGUUAAUUUCAGUACAAAAGAUAUAUGUAUUUCUCGGUGAUUUAGCAAGAUAUAAGGAACAAGUGAAUGAGACAAAUAAUUAUGCUAAGAGUAAAUUAUGGUACACUAAAGCUCAACAGAUUAAUCCUAAAAAUGGCAGACCAUACAACCAGUUGGCAAUAUUAGCAAUAUAUGCAAGAAGAAAAUUAGACGCGGUUUAUUAUUAUAUGAGAAGCUUGAUGUCAUCGAAUCCUUUUCACUCAGCUCGAGAAAGCUUACUAUCAUUGUUUGACGAAAAUAGAAAGAAGUACGAAGCGGCUGAGCGUAAACGUAGAGCUGCAUUGGAAGCGUCGAAGAGUUCAGAAACUGGGCCAACGAGUGCGGGAGACACUAAUGUGGAAAAUGCGGCGGGCAUGAGAAGAGAGGUGUGGGUGAGGCCCAGCGGCCAUCGUACUACCACGCUACGACCUGCGUCCAGAGAAGAACAUCUCGCCUCUAUGACAUCCGUAGAGUUGAACAAAAACUUCAUCACUAGUUAUCUUCAUGUCCACGGCAAACUCAUCACCAAAAUUGGAAUGGAGACGUUCUACGAGAGCGCAAGUAUGAUGCUGCGUCAAUUCCGAGCGUUAUUGCACCGCCAACCGCUUCCGACACCCGCCGCUCGUCUUUUACAACUCACCGCACUCAAUAUGUUCGCCGUGGAAACUACAGCUGCCUCUACGAAAGAUUGCAACAAUAGCGGCGAACGAUCGGCAUGGUUAGAAUGCGCUCUAGGGGUUUCGCUGCUAAUGUUCGGUGCGAUGGUGGAGCGAUGCUGCGCCCUGCUACCCGAAGCGCCGCAGUCGCAACAUCACACCGAUGCACUACUUCUUUUGCCCGCUAUAAAGGUGUGGUCCGACUGGAUGUUAUGCCAUAGUAGUGUUUGGAAUCCACCGCCGACGUUUGACAAUUUUGAAAUUGACACUGAUAAUGACCCAUGGGACUGGCUUGCCAAGCUUAUGAAUAUAUUGGAAUCUAUCGGCGACAAGUCGAUAAAAUUCGAAUCUGAAAUGAAAGAAGGGUAUGUAUGCGUGCGGUUACCGGAAGACGCGUCGUUGGGCGGUUUUACGCCACUCAUGUACAUGGAGCCGGCCGUAGGAUGGGUGCGUGCAGAUCCGACCGCACCUCAUCACGCCGCCGAACAUGCGCUAAGAAUCAAUAAAUUGCUGUUCUUUGGCACCGAGUACCUAGUGGGCGUGGAGCCACCGGUAUUACGACUAGAGUAUCCGGUGGAGUCGUCACCGCGCUAUGUCAGCGCAGUUCAACGAGUACAGCCUACCCAUCCGCCACUACAACAUUUGUCUGAGGACUCCGAAGGUGAAGACAAAAAUAGUGGUGCCACCAGCGGACUUCCAAGCCACAGUGAAGGCGCUGAAAUUGAAGGCCCCGACGAAGCUACCCGCAGCUUGUUAAAACGUAAAGAACAACUUGAAACGAGAAAAGCAACGUUAGAGAGACAUCGACAGCGAAUGCACGAUAUUUUACGCGGAGGAUCAGUCGGUGGGGAGGUGGAGGUCAGACCACGACUGCUAGUUCCCGAUACUAAUUGUUUCAUCGAUCAUCUUGAGCUACUGCAGGCCGUGGCGGUCGCGCCUGCGCAACCGUAUACUUUAGCAGUACCCGUUGUGGUGAUGUCGGAGCUGGAGGGGCUGCGGCGGUGCGCGCGCGUGGGCGGCGCGGCGCGCGCGGCGCUGGGCUGGGUGAGCGGCGGCGCGGGCGCGGCGCUGCGCCUGGCCACGUCGCGCGGCUCGCUGCUGGCCUCGCGCGCCUUCACCGCCGAGAGCGACGCGGCCGCCGGCACCAACGACGACCGCGUGCUCGCCACCGCGCUCAACUUGCACGCCAAUCUCGCCGCCGACGCCGACACUCGCGGCGAUGACGGAAGAGAGUCGGCGAAGAGCGUUCGCCGCGUGCGUGAAGUAGUGCUUCUAACCGACGACCGCAACUUACGCGUGAAGGCACUAGCGGCAGAACUGCCCACGAGGGAUUUACCUUCCUUCGUCCAGUGGGCCGGUCUUAGCCGUGACGAGACUACGAAUCCGCAGACACCCGUAGCCGCCGAGGCGAGUGGUGCGCGCAACUGA